ACAGGGGCAUAAGAUAGUGACCCUUCCUCUGCUCUGUUCCCCUGAUAUCAUUUUAGAACCCGGGAGUGGGAACCGCAGACAUGGUGAAGAUUGAGUUUGCACCCUUGAAUAUCCCGCUCAAUCGACGUUUCCAGACAGCUGCAGUUCUUCAAUGGGUCUUCUGCUUUCUCUUUGGAGCGCAGUGUUGUUUUUGUGUGUACGUUGUGAUCGUGUUGAAUGGAUACUGGCACGUGGCUGCUCUGUAUGCCCUGUGGCUCUACCUGGACUGGGACACACCUCAGGCUGGGGGCCGCAGGUCUGACUGGGUACGCCAAUGGACAGUGUGGAAACACUUCGGAGACUAUUUCCCCAUCCAUCUGAUUAAGACAUGUGACCUAGACCCAGAGAGGAACUACCUGAUGGGUUUCCAUCCUCACGGAAUCCUGGUCGCCGGAGCAUUUGGGAAUUUCUGUACUGAAUACACAGGCUUCCGGGAGCUCUAUCCAGGAAUGACUCCUUACCUGCAUACCCUCGGCAUCUGGUUCAGCUUCCCAUUCUUCCGGGAGUAUCUCAUGUCCUCAGGGGUUGUCUCUUGUUCCAAGAAGAGUCUUACCCACGUGUUGAGCCAGAAGGGAGGGGGAAACGUGUCAAUCAUAGUGAUUGGUGGGGCGGCAGAGUCCCUGGAGGCCAGGCCUGGGAGCCUCGUCCUGGAGGCCCUCAACAGGAAGGGCUUCGUCAAGAUUGCUCUCAGGUGUGGAGCUCAUCUGGUGCCAGUGUUCUCCUUUGGGGAGAAUGAUCUGUUUUAUCAGCUGAAGAACCCAAAGGGCUCCCUGGUCCGUACCAUCCAGGAGUGCAUGAGGAAGACCCUGGGCUUCAGUUUGCCUCUGUUUCACGCCCGGGGGGUUUUCCAGUACAGCUUGGGCUUCAUGCCCUUCAGACAACCCAUUUACACCAUCGUGGGAGAGCCCAUAGUGGUGGAAAGGAACGUGAGCCCCUCGUCUGAUGAGGUGGACAGGCUGCAUGGCUGUUACCUGGGGGCGCUGGCUAAGCUGUUUGAGCAGCACAAGGCUGAGUACGGGAUCCUAGAGAACCAGCACCUCAUCUUCACCUGAUCAGACCAGAUAAGCUCAGAUAGCACUACACUGUAGGAUUGGACCAUUCAACCAGCUCCUGACCCAUAAACACUGAUACAGACAUUCAAACAAACAUAAUGCAAACAUGCAUAUAAGCACACACAGAAAAUGGACACGUGCAUACUUGCACACACAUAUUGUGCAGCGCAUUCAGAAAGUACUCAGACCCUUUGACCUUUUCCACAUUUUGUGACAUUACAGCCUUAUUCUAAAAUUGAUUGAAUAGGUGUUUUUCCUCAUCAAUCUACACAUAACACACCAUAAUGUCAAAGCGAAAACCGUUUUUUUGAAAUAUUUGCAAAUAUAUAAAAAAUAAAAGCACACCUAUUCAGACCCUUUGCUAUGAGACUCGAAAUUGAGUUGGCCAGCCAACUAAUUUUCAACCGCGGUCCAUGGGGAGGUUAUUAAAAACAAUUACAAUAACAAUACAGACAAUCAAUGAUCAGUGAGCACACGCAGAGCAACCUAGGACAAGCAAGAUUUAGCAGACAAACAGAGAACAUAGCACAAAAAGCAACAAGACAAAAUCCAUAAAAGCAACAAAGUGUUUCCACACCUCACAAGUUCACCUUCCAACAGGACAACGACCCUAAGCACACAGCCAAGAUAACGCAGGGGUGGCUUCGGGUCAAGUCCCUGAAUGUCCUUGAGUGGCCCAGCCAGAGCCCGGACUUGAACCCGAUCGAUCAUCUCUGGAGAGACCUGAAAAUAGCUGUGCAGCGACGCUCCCCAUCUAACCUGACAGAACUAGAGAGGAUCUGCAGAGAAGUAUGGAAUAAACUUCCUAAAUACAGGUGUACCAAGCUUGUAGAGUCAUACCCAAGAAGACUCGAGGCUGUAGUCGCUGCCAAAGGUGCUUCAACAAAGUACUGAGUAAAAGGGAAAAAAUUAUGGGGUAACAUUUCUAAAAAACUGUUUUUGCUUUGUCAUUGUUGGGUAUUGUGUGUAGAUUGAUGAGGGGGAUUUUUAAAAAAGUUUUAGAAUAAGACUCAACCGUAACAAAAUGUGGAAAAAGUCAAGGGGUCUGAAUACUUUCCAAAUGCACUGUCUGCACACAUAUAAACACAGUCAAACAGCCAUCACUCUGAUCCUUCACUCUCUUAUACAGUCAGCAUAGGUAUAAAGUGUAGAGAAAUGUUGUACAGUUCGGUGAAAAUUAUUUGAUAUCCCACUCCAUUCAUGACCAGCUCUUUACUCCUGCUAACCUCAAGACACAAAUGGGGCAUGUCAGGUUGUGUUUGCUGCACCAAGGGAAUGCAUACAGGGCUUCAUAGGUGAUGUUUGCGUGCUAGUCUCUCUGCGGUCCUGGGGAGUGUGUCGUGCUUCUCUCUACUCCCAGUCUCUCUUUCUUUCUGCCUGAGGGGAGCAGGCAGCAAUUCUAAAAUGGAGCAGACAUUCAUGUCACAUGACUUUAGCGUUAAAUUUAGACCACACUGUCUGAGCUACUGCACAGAGAUGCUGCCAAGAUGAACCCCUGCUAUGCCAUUGUCUUAAACCUGUAUGAUAAAUAGACAGUGCCACAUAUAGGUUGAAAGAUCGCAGGUAAUGUGCUGUGAGAUGUUGUUAAUGGCAUGAAAUACGGAUUGGAAAGGGAAUCAGGUCAGGAUUGCAUUGUAAGGGAUUGAACAUUGAGCAAUGGGAUUUGGAUUUAACAUUUAGAACAUGUAGGGGGGGGGAUCUUUGACUCAGUGGAUUAUGACAUGGACAGAAUUAUGUGGAAAGUGUAGAUAUCAUAGGUGGUUACUCUCUCAAAGAUAUGACUAAAUUCCCAAGACAUGGAUUGGCUAAUAUAUUUCUAGAUGUGUGUAUAAACUAAUGUAGGGCUGAUGUGUGCAUAACUGUGUUUUAAAGUCCAAAUGUUAUUCAUUUUGUAUAAAUACACAAAUACUGUUGUCAGAUUUUGAGUUGUCCUCUUGUAAUCUAUUUACUCAUAACAUAUUUGCUUUACUUAAACCUUUAAAGGCCCAGUGAAGUCAAAAUUCUGUUUUCCUGUGUUUUGUAUCACAUUGUACAACAGCUGAACAAACUAACACUAAAAGUGUAGUUUUGUUUAUAUGAGUGUUAUUUCCUGAUAGUCGCUGGUUGAAAAUACACUCUACACAGGACCUUCUAAUCAGCAGGUUUGCAAAGGCGGGAGAUUCUGCUUUCCAUGGUGACAUCACCAUUCGAUUAAUUGGUUAAUAGACCAAUAACAAUGAUUUCCCAAACGUUCUGCCGGUACAUUUUCAGUUUCCCCUCCACUCGGACAGCUCUCAGACAGUCCUAGCAAAAACCUUGCUUGAGAAAUAGUUUUUUGCUAAAAAGCCAUUUUUGCCCAUUUUAAUGGAAAUCUAUUUUAGUAAGGCACUUAAUACUCAGAAAUAAUUUGAUUUUAAUAUUGAUAUAAAAAUGUCUGCAUUGGGCCUUUAACAACUCUUCAAUGCAUUAUUCGAUUCAACACAUCAUUGACUAUGUGUCAUGACUUCUGCCGAAGUUGGUCCCUCUCCUUGUUCGGGCGACGUUCGGCGGUCGACGUCACCGGCCUUCUAGCCAUCGCCGAUCCACUUUUCAUUUUCCAUUUGUUUUGUCUUUGUCUUACACACCUGGUUUCAAUUCCCCAAUUACUAGUUCAUUAUUUAAACCUCUGUUCCCCCAUGUCAGUUUGUGAGUAAUUGUUUGUAUGUAGUACGGUCCGUUAAUGUGGGCUCUCUUUUUUUGUAUUGCAUUCAUAUAUGUUGAGUAAAGUACAUUUAUUUACUGA